UGGCGGAACCGAGUGUUGUCAGUUAUGUUAAAAACAUGCUCAAACCCAAGCUUAGGUCAUUUCUUUUGGCAAGAGGAAUCACUGUUACUGACUAUAAUGUGUCACAACUUCGAGAGCUCGCUAUUAAAGCAUCGGAAAUGAAUUAACCGGUUAUAUCGCAAAAAGACGACGCCAUCGAUUCGUUCAGAAAACGCUCUACGAUUGCCCUUAAAGAUCGAGUGAUAAACUUUCCAUUUGUGUGCGAUGUAAGUUUGAAAAGUUGGACAUAUGAUUUGUCAUGCAUGCCAGACAUAGUUUGUGCAGAUAUGUUCGUCCAUUUACUCUCUACUGCCCAGUGGACAGCAGACCGCACCAAGUGUUACAAACAAGAGAGGGGGUAUAGAUUGUUUAAAUGCAACCAUAUCAGUGCCGUUUAGUGCCAUGCAUUACCCGAAGACCAUAUGUACAUUCGAGUCAAAUGUCUGAGAGAAACUUCGCACAGUGAAAAGCCAUACUUCGUCUGGUGUAUGACUGACAGCAAUGGCAUCAUCAAAUCAGCUGGAUGUGAAUGUACAGCGGAUGACGGUGGUUGUAAACACGUCGUUAGCUCUCCUGUUUAGCUUAGUUGAGUGGAGUGAGCGGCAUACCGACAGGAACACAGCAACAUGUACAGAUGUCCAGUGUUUGUGGGACAAGCCGAGUAGAGAGUCGAAGCCCAAAACACUUGAUGAUAUUAAUAAAUCUGACAUUAAUAGGGUCUGUCCUUACACACAUAUCUAUCAUCCUAUUCAUGAGGAAAAUGUUACAGAUGAUGAUUUUGAAAUGGAAAUUUUUGAGCUUGUUAAGAAUUAUGAUCCACAAAUCAUAGAAGUUUUAGACAAAGAUUGUACAAAUAAUAAUAAUGUUAAUGAACCCCAACCUAUACCAUUACUUGCUUUAUCAUAUAGACAAAGUAAAUGUAGUAUGCCAUUUGUCAAAUUUAUGCAAGAAAGUAUAGAUAAGUCAGGUUGUAUGGAGAUUGACACUUUAACUGAGGGUCAGAGUGAAAAUGUGAACUGGUUUAAGUAUAGAGUAGGCAGAAUUACUGCAUCAAUUGUGCAUGAUGUGGUUAAAUAUAAAGCAGACAAUGUCCACAACUCUAUUGUUAAAAAGAUUUUAACAGAAAAGUUAGAUGUCUCAAGUCCUGCAAUUUUAUAUGGGAGAGAAAGAGAGCCAUUAGCAAGAGAAUUGUAUGAUACUCAAUGUAAAACUGAUCACUGUAAACACAAUGUAAAAAUUCCAGGUCUUUUGGUAAAUCCAAAAUAUCCACAUAUUGCUGCAAGUCCUGAUGGUGUUGUUACUUGUGAUUGUUGUCGGAAAACUUUAUUAGAAAUCAAAUGUCCAUAUAAAUACAGAUAUUGCACUCUGGAUCAAAUUUGUUGAGAAAAUUAUCACAUUUUUCUAGAUUCAAAUAAUGAAAUGAGGCUUAAGCACACCUCUCCAUGGUAUUAUCAGAUUCAGUGUCAGUUAGCUGUUGCAGAUUUAUUGUAUUGUGAUUUUGUGAUGUACUUAGAGGGUGUAGCAGCUUGUAAACACAAAAUUCAUGUUGAAAGAAUUGAGUUCAAUGCACAGUUCUGGGCAGAAUGUUUGAAAAGUAUUAAUUCAUUUUAUGAAAAAAUUGUUGUCCCAAGACUCUUGUCUGUAUAAAUACUUACCCAAAAUGAUACUGCACAUUUUCUUCAUUCAUCUACAUUGUUCUGUGAAUCAAUAUUAGAUCAUGUACAUAAACUGUUAUGAAGAUCAUUUUAUGCAUGUACAUGCAUGUAAGUAUCCUAAUAAGCAUGUAUUUUUCAGUUUUUCCUAAUGCUUUCUUUCUAUGAUUUCAUCAUCUCCAUGAUUCAAAAUUGUUAAAAGAAUACUGAAUUCUCUUGUUUGAAAUUUUUAUUAAUGUAUACAAUUUUUAAAUCUCCUUGAAAUAUGUAUACAUAUAAUUACAAUUAUAUUGUGACUUGAUUAUGUCAAUCAGCAAGUCUAACUAUUGGGUUUCUUAAUAUAUUGCACUAAUAUCAGUUUUAAAAUUUUGAAAAUGAACAACAUUUUAGUAUGUAAAUAUAUAUAACACAAUAUUUUCAAUAUACAUGUGUGUGCAAAAAUUAUUGCUAGAUAUUUCAUGCAUUUUAUGGAUGAUUUGUAGACUUAUUGGACAUGACUUAUAUUUGUAAAUGGCGCAUAUGAAUUAAUGAAAUCAGUUUGUAGCAUGGGCAAAAACAAUUUUAAUACAGUCACAAGGUAGUUAGACUUCUAAUUGUCUUCAUCCUUUUUUUUACAUUGAAGAUUAAUUGUAUUUUCAAAAUUAUGCAUAUGAUGACAUAUCAUAAAUUUUUUCCAAAAAAAAAUAUAAUUAUAGUAAAACUGAAAAAUGCUUCUCAUUACACAAAUAAAUGCAGGAAAUCAUGAACAAUGAUGUUGUUGAAUUCAUUUUCUUACUAGUUUUGGCAUCAGAUUACACAGAAGGACACCGACUUUUACCAUUUGAUUAACAACUGGUUUCAGAUGCCAUGAUAUAUUAUUACCCAGUAGCUUGAACAGUUUCAACGUUGCAUUGCUCGCUCAACUUAUAUGCGCAACUUUGCAAUUUUUCUAGUUUGCUUUAUUUCAUUAACAUUUAAUUUUUUUUUUCUUGCCCCAUGUACAUUUUCUUGUAAAUGGUGGAAUAUUCAGAGUGGCUUUCCUUUUUGUUAACAAAUCUCUAAUAGUAAACCCCCUAUCAGCCAUGACAUCAUCUCCCUCCUCAAUUAACUCAAGAAAAUUUGAAUGUUCAGUAAUAAACCAUCUUCGCUAGCCAAGGGUUUACGAUCCGCUUCUCUCCUCUACAACCCUUGGCGGAUUUAGUUCUCAUUUCGUAGCUUAGAGAAGCGCCUACUAGCGGAUAAUAAGAUAACACCAGUUUCCAUUACAUCAUUUUUAACCAAUAAGAUUGCGCGUAUCGAACGUAGUUUGGAUUUAGAGAAAAAACAAAAAUGGCUGCGCCCAGUAUGCAUUGUAUGUUCGACGAGAUUCGCAAAACUUUCCAAAUCAGCGAAAUUACAGACAACCAGCGAAAAGCCAUCGCAGCAGUGAUAAAUGGUCACGAUGUUUUUGUGGGAACAAGAACGGGGAGCGGCAAAUCUUUGACUUACGAGUGUUUACCCAUAGCAAGACCGAAAUCUAUAACACUUGUGAUUGCCCCACUUGUCACCAUUAUGUCGGAGCAGUGCAGUAAACUGGAGCGUCUAGGAUUCCGGGCUACGUAUAUUGGUAAAGAUCAUUCAGAAACGGAAAACAUCAAACGUGGACUGUAUGAUUUUGUGUUUGGUAGCCCGGAGAUUUUAGUAGGCGAUGUCACAUGGCGAGAGGUUUUGAAGACCCAAGUAUACCAAGAAAAGCUUAAACUAAUUGUUGUUGACGAGGCACAUACAGUACUACAGUGGGGAGAAAGUGAUGGUGAAGAUGAUCCUUUUCGAGUAUGGUUUUCUAAGAUAGGAGAGCUUAGAUCCCUCUGUCCUUCGGCAUCAUUAGCAGCUUUGACAGCAACAUCUGGGCCAGUGCAGAGAAGAAAAAUUAUGAAACUUUUGUGUUUUCAAGCCAACAGUACCAUUAUCUUAGACUCACCAGAUAGGAAAAAUAUUAAAAUCUCAUCACAGUGUAUCCCAAACAAUGAAAAUUUACAGAAAGUGUUUCACUGGUUGAUAGAGGACCUGAAAAUAAAAAAGACAAGCUUCCAAGAUAUAUUAUUUUCUGUGAAAGAAUUCAAGAUGUCUCCAAAAUUUACACAUUAUUUGUAAAAAUCUUUGGAAAUAACUGCGAUUUAUUUGACAUGUUCCACAGUAAGACAAGUGAGAAGGUAAAAGACAAAAUAAGAAAAGACAUGAACACUGAUGGGACAAUAAGAAUUCUUGUGUGUACCAAUGCUGCAGGGAUGGGGGUCAAUUUCCAUGGUGUGAACAAUAUAAUUCACUUUAAUUUACCCAGACAAAUGGAUACCUUUGUUCAGCAGAUGGGAAGGGCUGGCAGAGAUGGUGGACAAUCACACAACCUAAUUCUCUACAAGACACAUAAAGGACACUUGAAAAGAGUUGAUCCUGUUUUAGUCAGACUAGCAAAAGAUAACAGCAAAUGUCGGCAUGAAUUGCUAUGUGAAGCAUACUUAGUAGCUCAUAGCACUAUAUCCCCUCUUCAUAACUGCUGUGAUGUCUGUGACAAAAAAUGUGAAUGUAAACAAAGUGAGUGUCCAUAUACUCAUAGAUCUUUUUUAAAGGAUGAAUGUGAAUCUGAAUCAUCUGAUGAUGAAGAAAUUUGUAGACAAGUUUCAGACAAUGACAGAAAGAUUUUGAACCAAAAACUUAUUUCAUAUAAACAUUCUAUGUCAUUUUCUGCUUGUGGAGGUAUUGUUGAUAUUAUACAUGGUUUAACUGAUGAGCUUGUAACUCUUAUAGUGCAAAAGUGUGACAAAAUAUUUACUCCUGAUGAUGUUCUUAAAAAUUUUCCUAUAUGGUCUUUCCAAACAGCUUUUGAAAUAUGCACUAUUGUUUCAGAGGUUUUUGGAGAUACAGAAAUGUAUAAUCUGCUUGAAGAAACUGAAGAUGAAGAAUUUUAAUGUUUCUUUCCUUUCAUUAAAAUUUCCUUGAUUUA